GUGAGAUACGCGACAGCGCUACAUGUGGAAGGCAAUCAACAGUGAAACACGAAACACAUGGUAAAAGGGUAUCAUAUCGGAUAGCCGAUAUGGGCAUGAUAUGCGUACCGGCGCGUCGUCAUGUCUUGCUCAAACAACAAAUCGUUCGGAAGCAUCCCCACCCGGGAGUUCAAGAAAGCGUGCCAAGUACAAUCGCGCGUGCACUUCUUGUCACCAAGCUCAACGCAAGUGCGACAGAAGAUGGGAGGUUGAAGGUGCAAGCUGUUCAAGGUGCACGGGGUGGGGACUCAAUGUAUGCUACGUUUGCUCGCGGUUGAGUGAGCCAGGCUUCAGCACCAUACUCACUCGACACAUUGCAAAGCUGAACUACAACACUCAGGUGCGACGGUUCAUCAUUUUUCUCCCUUUUGCGGAUACUAUGUAAUUUCCUCGCGCUUUUGGAAACUUCAUACUGGUAGAUCCAACUCCUCAAGAUCAUCAUCGUCAUCAUCAGAACCUCCGGCAACCUCGUGCAUAUAAUAUAUUUCAGAAUACCGGAAUAGCC